AUGCCUGAGAUUGCUCCCCACAACGACAAGGAGCGGGUCUGGACCACCCUGAUUACCAACACCAAAUACCUGGAUGGUCUAUUGACGCUAGACUACUCUUUGAAACGAGUGGGCUCGCAAUAUCGACUCAUUGCUCUCUAUACUGACUCCUUUGAAAAGGAGGGCCAUGAUGCAUUGGCCGAGCGAGGAAUCCCGUCAAAACACGUGGAGUACCUAAUUCCUGCCAAAUCCAAGGACUACUCGCAGGACGUGAGAUUCUACGACUGCUGGAGUAAGCUACAGCCAUUCUCACUUUUCGAAUAUGACAAGGUUGUCCAAUUGGAUUCGGAUAUGGUUGUUGUCCAAAACAUGGACGAGCUUUUCGACCUUCCUGUUGGUGAGAGUAACGGCAAUGGUUCCACGUGGGCUUUUGCUGCAUCUCAUGCCUGCACUUGCAAUCCUUACAACAAGCCACACUAUCCCAAGGACUGGAUUCGGGAAAACUGUGCCUUCACUAACAUCUCCAAGUCUGACGACCUGAAGAACCCGCUUUUCCAGAGCUGCAAUCUUGGCCUAGGAAUCUGCAAUGGUGGCCUGCAGGUGGUCAAACCUGAUCCCGAGCUCUAUGACAAGAUCAUCGACGCUGUUUCUGCACCUGCAACAGGAGAGUACGACUUUGCUGACCAGUCACUUCUGUCAGACGUGUUCAAGGACCGCUGGAUCGGCCUGAGCUACCGAUACAAUGCUCUGAAAACUCUCAGAGUGUUCCACAAGGAGCUGUGGGACGACUCUGUCAUCAAGAACAUUCACUACAUCAUCACUCCCAAGCCGUGGGAGGUCGAAGAAGAUGAAUACGAGGACACUACUGGAACUUUCAAGUGGUGGUGGGACAUUAAUAAGGAGCGACUGACACUGGAGGGUGCCAGAAUAUCUACUCCCCCCUCUUAA